CGAAAGCAGCAGUGUCACUCUAACCGUCAAGCAUCGUUCAAAAUGGCUCAGCGUGUCACCCUCCGCAAGCGCACGCCCUACAACACCACCUCGGCCCGCAGGCGUGUCGUCAAGACCCCCGGCGGCAAGCUUGUUGUCCACCACCUCAAGAAGCUUGCUUCGGCCCCCAAGUGCGGUGACUGCGGCGACGCCCUCGCCGGUGUCCCCGCCCUCCGCCCCCGCCAGUACGCUACCAUCUCGAAGCGCCAGAAGUCGGUCUCGCGCGCCUACGGCGGCUCGGUCUGCGCCACCUGCGUCAAGCAGCGCAUCACGCGCGCCUUCCUCAUCGAGGAGGCCACCAUCGUCAAGCGCGUCCUCAAGGCCAAGGCCGCCGCCUCGAAGAAGUAGAUUGCGCCACCGCGCACUUAGUCGGGGGUUCGGUUGGCAUCGGGCGAUGUAUUGAUUUCAUCACGCAA